AUGUCCGACCCCUCCGACGUUUGGCAGAACUCGGCUCCCGCCGGUGACAACUACCGCGAGCAGCGUGACGGUUCGCCCCGCGCUCCCUCGCCCCGCCGCGACGAGCGCGAGCGUGAGCGUUCGCCUCCUCCGCGUCGCGACCGGUCGCGCUCGCCGGGCCGCAACGGCGGCGGUGAGGACCGUGGGGACCGUGGAGACCGUGGGGACCGUGGCCGCGGCGAGGACGGCUCCACUAACAAGGGUAACAACCUGCACGUCAGUGGGCUUGCGCGCUCGAUUACCGACCGCGUUCUCGAGGACCACUUCUCCAAGUGCGGCAAGAUCAUCAAGGCCCAGAUCAUGCUCGACCCCCACACCCAGGAGUCGCGUGGCUUCGGCUUUGUCAUGUUUGAAACCUCGGCCGAGGCUGAGGCCGCCAUCUCCGAGUUCUCGGGCAAGGACUUUGAGGGCCGCGUGAUCACCAUCACCCACGCCAAGCGUGGCCGCGCGCGUACCCCCACGCCGGGCCGCUACCACGGCGUCAAGUAUGACCGCCCUGGAUUCGGCGGCGGCGGCGGCGGCCGCUACGGUGGCGGUGGCGGCUACGGUGGUGGCUACGGCGGUGGUGGCGGCUACGGCGGUCAUGACGAGCGUCCUUACCAGCCCCGCUCGUACGAUGCGCGUUACUCUGACCGCGGCCCGCGUGGCUAUGAUGACCGCUACGAUGACCGCCGUGGCGGUGGUGGUGGUGGUGGUGGCCGUUAUGAUGACCGCCGUGGCGGCUACGACCGUCACGAUGACCGUCGCGGCGGUGGUGGCGGCGGUGGUUAUGAUGACUACCGUCGCGGUCCCCCUCCUGACCGUUAUGAUGACAGGCCUCCUCGCGACGACCGCCCGCCUCGCGGUGGGUAUGACGAGCGCCCUCGUUACUAA